UGUUUUUAAGAACAACCAAAGACAGAGAAAGAGAGGGAGACAAGGUGGAAGCUGAAGACAAAGAAACUGUACGACUGAGACGGUGAAGCUUUCUUAGGAUCUCCACCUCCUCCGCGAUGUCAAAGUCGAAGAAAACCAAGGACGGCUCGCCGAAGGGCUCAGGCAGUAUCAACAAGACGCAGGCAAGCAGCCUGGCUCUGCUGAUCUCCAAGAUGCAAUCGAACGCCGACCAGGUGGAGAAAGAAAUCCUGAAGUCAGAAGAGAUGCUGGCUGUGGAUGUUGAAAAUGAGAAGAAAGACCUUCCAUUUAAACAUCAAACUGAGAUAUCGACCAAACUGAGCAAGGCAGAGAACCUGCUGAAGGAUCUGUUUCUGGACGUCGAUAAAGCCAAGAAGCUCAAACAUCCUCAAGCCAAAGAGAUUGAAAAUGAUAUAAGCCACCUUCAUGAGCGGUGGCUGAAGGACUGCACCUUCUACAGAGACAUCUAUGACCAGAUUGACGACGUGUCGCUGAUGCCCAUAAUUAACUGGGGGCCCAUUUUGACCCAGAAGCAAAAAGAGCUGAACAGAGAGGAUUACGGCCCCACCAUGGCCGACCUGGAGAAGCAGAUUGCUGCUCACAGCAUCCUGCAUAAAGAGAUAAAGGCUUACAGCUCCCAGCUUUGUGUCAGCUCUGCAGGCAGCAAGGAGAAAUAUGCUGUCUUUAAGAAACAAUAUAACAACCUGCUGGACGACUCCAAGUGGCGGCGCCACUACCUGAACAGCCUCUACGACUACAUGCAGGGCUGCAGCAGGCAGCUGAACUUCCUGAGAGAAGAACAGGAAAAGAUCAAGAAGCAGGACUGGAGCGAUCAAAUGCUGCAUCCUCCUGACAUCCGCAGGCACUAUGAGAACUUCAAGAACAACGGUCUUUUGUUCCAUGAGAGUGAAGUGAACAGACUCCAGGAUGAAGGAGAAAGGCUCAUCGAACUGAACCACCCGGCCAGCGAAACAAUACAGGCCCAAAUGGAAAUGGUGAGAACCGAAUGGCAGAAGUUCCUGAAUCUCUGCAUUUGUCAGGAAACACAUCUGGAAAACGUGGAUGAAUUCAAAAAGUUUCAAAUGGACACUGAGGAGCUGUCAGAGACACUGACUGAACUCAGCACCACUUUGGCCCCAGAGUCUGUCAGUCAGAAGAGUAACUCAAAGACACUUCUGCAGAUGGAGGGAGAAGAGAAGACGGUGCAGAACUGUGAGCAGCUGCUGACCGACCUGAGGAGACGAAGUUCAACCAUCUCCCCUCUGAAGCUGCGUCGCGUUUCUUCCAACACUCCCAUCGCAGUGAAGUCGCUGUGUGACUGGGAGACUAACCAGGGUUCUCUGUCCAGAGGGGAAACGUUCACCCUGAAAUCCCUCUCUGACAACGAGAACUGGGACGUAAUCUCAGCUGAUGGAGAAACUGAAACUUUCCCAGGAGUUUGCUUCCUGAUCUCACCUCCUGACCCAGACGCCAUUGAUAAAGUUGACUCUUUGGAGAGUGAGCUGGCAGAAAUCAAGGAAAAGAGAGCAGCUCUGGCAGCGUCCCUGAAGAACCGCAGAUCAGAUGUCUGUAACGCUCAGCAGUCAGUUCCAGUUUCUUCAGCUCCUCAAGACCCCAAACUGGCAGCUGUGGCUCAGCAGCUGGACCAGCUGGACUCCGACCUGGCCGACACGGAGCAGGGCCUGCUGAGCCGCCUGCGAACCCCGGUGAGCCGCACCGACCCAGCCAGAGAUCUGGCCAAGAAGCUGAGAGAGCAGGAGCGAGCUGCCGAGGCGCUGAAGGCUCUGGAGCAGCAGAUUCAGACUGCAGAGGCCGACCUGCAGCCUUUCCUCCCUGCUGAGUCCAGCAGCAUCAUGUCUGGACUGCAACUCAGACUGAGUGCUGCUAGCAACAAGCACGAUAGCUUAGCCGCUCUGGCGGAUCUCUACAGUAAAAAAGCGAAUGCGUCUCUCAGCCUGGAGAGUCAAAUUCAGAAGGUGGACGAUCUUGUUUAUGGGCUUGAGAGAAACCUCAGUGAAGACGGUCAAAUUCCUGACAUACCAAAUGCAAUUCAAACUCACACUGAAGACAUUCAGCGCCAGCAGCAAUCGGUAGCAGGGAUCCAGGAUGACAUGACGAAACUGAAUCAGGAUUUGGAGGCGACUGAGAGGUUGUGCAGCUCCCUGCAGAAAGACCACCAGGAGUACUGCCCUGACAUCCAGCACCAGAGGAACGACGUCAGACAGCUGCAGAGUCGCUACACAAAUGUUGCCAACCAGCUGAAGGAAAGAGAAAACCUUUUGCAAGAGGCUUCGUCAGCGUACCUGGAGUUCCAGAGCCUGUGCAAAUAUCUCAACUCUUUCUUGGACAGCCUGCCAACAAAUCAGAUAAAUAUCAACGAUGGGCUGUCGCAGGUGACUGCUAAGCAGAUCUCCCAACAGAGAGUGAUGAAGGAUCUAAAGCAGAAGGAGGACGACAUGGACUUAGUGGUUGACCUCUCUCAAGAUCUGCAGUGCAUACUCAGCGAUUAUGAGACAAAUGCUAAUAAAUACAACGGUACACUUGAAGAUGUCGGGAUGCCUCUUCCAACGAUGACCCAUAGCCUCACAUUCAGUGAUGCUAUUCAGAGAGAGGAAAAAAAAUUGAUAAACCGCUACGCAGAAGCAACAGCAGAAAACGCUCAGCGUCAGAAACAGAUCGAUUUGGCAAGGAAUCUCAUUUUUCAAAAUGAAGAAAAGGUUCAGAUGGUGGCACAGCAACAGGCGAAGCUUGAAAACCAACAAAAGAGUAGCUCUGAGUUAGAUGGCUUGUUUGGGGAAUUAGUGGACGAGAAUGAAGUGACAGCUCAAUCACAGACCAAACUAAAAACCUUCAAAAGCAGAGUUAAGAAUCACCGAGGUGUGGAGCAUGUGGAGGAGAACAACGCACUGCAAGUAGGUGAUCUGUCUGACCUUAGGAGCAAACUGAACACUGAAGUCCUGAAACGGAGCUCCACCCAUUCAGAGUUUGAGACGGUAAACGAGAGAAUCGGAAAUCUGCAAGACACCACUAAACGCUCAUACCCUCGAAUGGUGACUAGAGAGGCGAUUGAGUUUAAAAGAGAUCCUCAAGUGGAAGAAGAGGCUGCCAACAUGCGAAAUGAGAUCCCAAGGAUGAGACAUGAAAUACGAAUGAACGAAUCGGAGCAAGCCCAAAUGAAGAAAGAAAUUGCAAUUCUCCACCAUAUUAAACCGCCCGUGAACGAGAGAGAGGAUAAGAAGGAAGCGGGUAAAGCAGAACGAGAUCUAGAGAUUUUGAAAGCAUUUAGAGCAUUUGAGACUGAAAUUUCUGAUGAGAAAAACAAAUGCAGGAUCCUCAAUGAUGAAAUCUUCCAGACAAGAAAUCAGAUUAACACCCUUGAGAAGCUGAUUCCCAACAUCCAGUCUAAAGACAUCGCUAGAAAUGUGAAAAAGAUUGAACAAGACCCUGAACUUAUCGCAGAAUUCAACAAGCUCCAAACAAGCCUGGAGGAAGAGAGAUCUGAAAACAGCCAUUUGUCUCAAGAAGUGAUGGAGCUGCAGAAGCGCUACAGAGAAAUUCAAGCCCAGAGGCCAAGUUUUGAGGUGAAAGAAGUUGUAAAUGAGAUAUACCUAAUAGACCCAAAUACAGAGAUGGAGAUUGAGCGUCUUCGCAAAGAAAUACAGGACAUAAAUAUGCAGAAUACUGACCUAGAAAAGGUGAUUACGCAGGUCACCACUGAUCUGAAUACCCUUCGUUCAGAGAAACCCAAAGUAGAAUUCAAAGAGGUUACCCAAGAGGUGGUGAAAGAAGAAAGAAGCCCUGAAAACGAGCGAGAGAUCCAGAGGUUAAAUGAUCAGGUGAACCGCCUAGACAGCCAGUGCACCUCUCUUGAAGACCAGGUUAGACAGCUGCAGAAAGAAAGAGAUGAAUGGAAGGCAGAAAAGUCCAAGAUAGAGACCCAACUGGUCAACAGAGAAUUAAUAAAGUAUGAGCCUGAUCCACUGCUGGAGAAGGAAGCUGAUCGUUUGCGCAGGAGUGUGCGGGAAGAAGCACAGCUGAGGCGAAAUAUUGAGGAGAUGGUUUUUGAAUUCAAACACAAAUACCUUCUUUUGGAAAGACAGAAACCAGAACAGAAACUGGUUGUCCAGGAGAUUGUACGGCUUCAGAAGGACCCAAGGCAAUCAAUGGAACAUGACAGACUCAGUAGGAGGCUUGAUGAAGCCGUAACGAGUCGCCGUCAGAUGGAUCUGGAGUUACAGCAACUAAGAACGAAGUUGGAAGACAAGGAGCGCAUCAUCAGAGAGAGUGAUGAGCACCAAAAAAGGAUCCAAGCUGAAUCUGAACUCAGAGAG